AUGACAUCGCUAUUCAAGAGUAGUCAGUUUCUGUUGUCACAGACAGCCACUGCCCAAAUGAGAAAAAACCUACUAAAUCCAAUCAUGAUGGUAGUCCAUGGCAAUAACUUCCUAGAUUCAUUGAAAACCAAUAAUAAUACUGAUUCAUCAAAACAAAUAUUGGAAAGUAUUAGAAUUACAAUGCAAGAUGAAGCAAAAAAGAAAAGUGAAAUAAAUGCUAAAGAAUGGCUGCAAAAUCUGCACAAAAAGAAUGGCACAGAACACCUGAGUCUUUCGAGAUGCAAUUCACCAUUCUCUGCAAAGAAGCAAGCACCCGCUCCAGUCAGUAAUCCAGAGUUGGUUUUGGUUUCGAGCGAGUUGAACGAUAAAAGUCACCAAUCUUGGAAGUUCACCAACGACGCUGGUCCGGAAGGCAAAAUCUGUCUUACAGCCAAUCCGAGAGCACCGGUCAACGAUUAUCUAUUAUGGAAGAAAAUCGCAUUGGGCGACGUCCGUGAGAGAUUCAAGGAGGCCUUGGAGAGAAUGAGAGACUUUACCAUCCUAAACAUACACCAAAUGGAUCUAAUUCCAAAAUCCUCGCAAAUGACAUUCUUGAACAAUUUGGCAGAGGCCGAGAAUUUUAUUCACAUGGAUGUUAUGUUAUCGACAAAGAAAGAUCUUGAUAGAUUAUAUGAUUUCCUCAAUCUACCAAGAGACUAUGGUCUUAAUCCAAGUCAGGUUAGAGUUGCUCUUCAGAUUUUAAAUGCAACAGCUCUUGCAUGGAUUGAUAUGCCGAUUUCAAGGCCAUCAAGCUCCAAUCAAGCAUUAAAUACAGAAUAUAUUAAAUUAUCCAAAGAACUGUAUGAAUCUCUUUUGGAUUCAAUGAUUUGCUCAGCCAAUUACAUUGAAUAA